GCUCGGAUAUCCCGCAAUGAAUAUGCUGUCUUUGACUUUGAGGGGAGACCCGGGGAUUCAAAAACCAGCGAAAUAAUUCUUCAAGACCAGCUUCAGCGUCGAACAACCUUGGAGCCUUCCUUGCGACAUCUCAGCACUGCCGGAACUGGACACACUCUGAAGGAACAACUCUCUCCCGGAACAAAUCUACCCCAAGCCACAGUUGCUUAUCGAAGGACCACAACAUGGGUACCACCCAGAAAUCCCUCCAAGCCGUCAAGGUCGCCCCAGGUCGUCCAGGACAGCCAUACAUUCUCCCUUCUCUCGGCGGCGAAAUAAUCUACAUCCCCUGCUCCAAGUCCGCCACCCGUCUCCUCGUAACAGGCAAGGAAACCGACAACGCCUUCGCCGUGGUCGGAACCGGCGGCGCACAAGGCGACCCCAUAGGCUUCCACUACCACCGCGAAACCCACGACGUGUUUUUGUGUCUGAAAGGCAAAGUCAACGUCUGGGCCAACGACCAAUGUCGAACCAUGGAAGCCGGGGACUUCGCCAGUGUCCCACCAGGAACGGUCCACCAAUACCAGAUAUUGGGAGAUUACACGGAAUUCGUCGGUCUCAUCGUCCCCGGCGGAUGGGAGGAGUUCUUUCGGUUCAUCGGCGAAUCAUAUGACGGUCCCUUGUUUCCUUUAGAGGAUGAUCGUAACGUGUUUGAGGUAUUGAUUCCAAAACUGAAAGCUGCGAGCGAGAAAUUCGAUAUGAUUCCUGUACGAGACCCUAAGUUGGCGGAAAUCAAGCCGCAAGCGUGGAAUGAGGGUGAAGACAAUGUGCUGCCUAAUGGUUUACAACCGUAUUUCCUUCGUGCUGGCACGGGACCGAGAUUCCUUCUGGGAGGGAUGGUGGUCAGUCCACUUGCAACGGCCGCAGAAUCAGGGGGCAGAUUCUCGAUCGGGAGUAUCGAAGGGUCUUCGUGGCAUGAGAGCAGCCCUCUUUCGAAGAAUUUUGUGUUUGACGACGUGCAUCAUGCCUUUCAGGUUGCGGAUGGCAGUGUGACGUUCACUUUAGAUGAGACGGAGGUUGCAACACUGAAUGUUGGUGAGACGAUAUAUGUACCGCGGGGGCGAGCUUUUAGUCUGGCUAUUGAGAGCCGGUAUGCAAGGGUAUAUGUUUUUAUCAGCGGAAGAGGAAUCCUUGAUGUGCUGACUGGUGCGGGUAAGCCAUUCUAUCAGAGCGUUCCGCCUGAGAAGUCGGAACCGUGGGAGAAGGCGAGUUUGGAGAAAUAUCAGGCAGAUAUCAAGUUUCGAAUAGCUGAAUGAGAACAAUUUGGCUGAGAGCAAUGGAUGGCUUCUGAAUCUCAAGUAGUUUUCCUGCAUUUGGCGUACAAGUAAGUUGCUGUACUCAAGCUGUUAGAGAAA